CCGACUCCCACGGAGGCAUGGCCACAUCCCAACAGACUCCAGAUAAUAUUUUUCGAGGCCUUGGGAACCACCAAGAACGACAACAGUCGAGGAGGAGGAAGAAGAAGACAGACCUGAGUAUCAGAACCGCAACUUAUUCGAAUAAUACAUCCGGCUUUGAUGAUGACGAGUGUCGCUGUGGACUUGAACGGACUGCAAGAAUCAUUCCAGAAUCUGAACUUUCAUUCGAAUGGCACAAACACAAUCUCCAGUCAAGCGCCUAGCAGUAAGGAUGAGAAGACACUGGAAAAACCUAGCAACCAACCGUUCCACUCGUUCCUGUGCAUCGACUUCGAAUCCACCUGCAUCAAUGCCGAUGAUCCGAGCCUCAACAAUCCGACCCGGCUGAGCAAGGACCAAUUGACCUGGCUGUAUCCAAACGAAAUCAUCGAAUGGCCGGUGAUCCUGCUCCAAUGGCGCACGGCCCAGGACGGCAAUUGGGAGCUCUACGAAGCCGGCCGGUAUCGUCGCUUCGUCAGGCCCGUCUGGAGACCCAUCCUGUCCCAGUUUUGUAUCGAUCUCACCGGCAUCUCUCAGGAUGAGGUUGAUCAAGCCAUGACCCUGGACUUAGUUUUACGCGAUUUUGAUCAGAACUUUGUCAAGCCCCAUAAACUAUUCACCACGGACAAUCAAACUAUUUGGGUGACUGAUGGACCAUGGGAUUUUCGGGAUCAUUUCGUCAAAUCGACUUUUCUGGCAAGAAUCGAUGUGAACUGUUUACCGCGCUAUCUACGCUCGCCGAUCUCGCUGAUCGAUCUCCGAUACCUACUCAAAGCGUUUAUCCCCAACGUCUGUCCCUUCCCGCCCCCGGCGUCACUCAGUCUGUUCAAUGCGAUGGCCGCCUUCGGGCUGGAGUUUGAAGGACAACAACAUUCCGGGAUCGACGACGCCCAUAACGUCGGCCGAUUGCUCGCCGAAAUGGUCCGAUGCUCGAUCCCCUUCGGCUCCCAUGCCCCAAGGUGGAUCUUCCGGCUCAAUAAACGUCUCUACUUGGACCCUCGAAGGUAUUUUUGGAUGGCCAAAAAGUUCAAAUGUACUUGGACUUUACCAUAGCUUAUCUCCCCCUCCUCCCCUCUCAACACCCCCAACAAAAAAAAAGGAGAUCAGGACCUUAUAAGUUAUCUCGUCAUGUCUGGCAAAUCCUUAGCUUUUCUUUUUCUUUCUCAGUGCUGACGUCUGUAUCCCCCUUUUCAUAUCUGGUUUGCUCAUCUUUCCAAAAUGUACACUAUUGUCGUUUACGAUUAUCUAUACCUACCAAAACAGUUGAUGCUUGGGGAAGAGUUCACUUUUGUCAACAACAUUUUGUACUGUCACCCUCGAGUAAACUUCUCGUUGUCGCAAAAAACAAAAACAAAACUCUCGACCCUAUUGUUUGCCCAGAUUGGAACAAAUGUGACAUAGUCUAGUUCUCGUGGUCAUGAAUAAGGUUUGAGUGGAACCAAGCCAUGUCAGCCAGUACUCGGAAGAAAUUAAGACUUCUAAAUAACAAGAAUGAUUGAAAAAGUGUAAGGUCACCCAUGUUUGGUGGAAAAAAAUUGCUUUGAUUAAAUUUGAACUCGUAAAUAGGUUGUAACAGCGUGAUUAAGGAUGAAGUUCGAAUUAUGUAUAUUAGAUGACCUCAGUAUACUUUUAUCUGAAGGAACAAGGAUGAGGAAAUGCAGCAAGAGGAGAGGCUGCUCAUAUGAGCCGGACUAGGUCGAUGAAAGUGAUCCCGUUCUUGAUCUCUUGAAAGAGAGUGCGAAUCUUGCCUUGAGGAUUAGUUGAUACAGGAUGUCCAAGAUGAAGCUUGUUGUUAUCGCGCCGCUUCUGGUCGCCAUCUUUGGUGCAACAAUGGACGCCAUAGCCGUCGAUAUAAGAGGUGCUAUUCCGGCUGUUGGGGUCUUCGGGCUCGGGGUAAAACUCUUCCUUGAUUCUUCGCAUCAGCCGCAUCAUCCCAAUCUUGCAUAGGCCCGAUUCAAAGCGAAACAAAUAUAUA